GUUGAGUGUUUGUUCUUUUUGGCUAGAAUUGUGUUUUGAAUUGAUCCCAGACACAUCUGUCUACUAUGCAGCAGUACACAUAGGCUUUCUACACUCAUUUCUUGAAACUAUUUGAUUGGGAGCUUUCCAAUUCUCCCAAAACUACACGGUAUAUCAACCUUGACAAUGAUUCUUAGCCCUCUUGACAACAAGCCAGGUGAGCUGCGAAUGGAUCAUCAGAAUUACUCGAAUUAUAGAUCUAUCUCCCAUAGUUCCCAAGAUUGAUAUCAAAUGCACCAGCGUAUAAAAAGACAAGAAAGGAAAAGAAAGAAAGGGGACAAGCAAAGAAGAAGGUGCUAUGGAAAUCACAGGCCCAUAUUACAUCACCAUAUCGAAUAUCGGAUCUGGAAAGCGGCAGCUCAAUUGUGGUUCAAUGAGGGGUAGCUCCACAUGAAUUGGCAAAUAAAACUCACCUGCAGAUAGCUGGAUUUCUAAUUCCUUGAGUCAUUCCAAAAGUUAAGGAAGUCUCAUCUCUCUGUCUCAAAAUCCCUCCGAAACUUCAUAUACAAGGUCAAAAGCUUUCGGAGAACAUCACAGUGGUACAACAUGUCGGCCCCCAAAGAACUUAAGAUGGAAUACACAAGACUCGGUAACUCGGGAUUAAAGAUUUCCAAGGUUAUCUUUGGUGCAAUGUCUUUUGGAUCAUCCGAAUGGCAAGACUGGGUAAUUAACGAGGACGAAGCUCUUCCACUAUUGAAACACGCAUACGAUCUCGGAUUGAAUACAUGGGACACUGCAGACACUUACUCCAACGGAAAAUCCGAGGAAAUCAUCGGGAAAGCUUUAAAGCAAUACUCAAUUCCAAGAAACGAGGUUGUUAUUCUUAGCAAAUGCUAUUUCGGUGUUGCUGAAGAUGGAACACAACCACUCAUUUCGAAGCUUAGCACAAAUGAUGGAGAGAUGGUCAACCGGGUUGGCUUGAGCAGAAAGCAUAUUCUUGAUGCUGUGGACAAGAGCGUUGCUCGAUUGGGAACAUAUAUCGAUGUCCUGCAGAUCCACAGACUCGAUCGCGAUACUCCCAGAGAAGAAAUCAUGAGAGCCUUGAAUGAUGUUGUGGAAAGUGGCAAAGUUCGAUAUAUUGGUGCAAGCAGUAUGGCUGCAUGGGAAUUCCAAACGCUACAAAAUAUCGCAGAGAAGAAAGGCUGGCACAAAUUUGUCUCCAUGCAGAAUUAUUACAACUUGCUUUACCGUGAAGAAGAACGAGAGAUGAUUCCAUACUGUAGAGACUCUGGUGUUGGACUCAUUCCGUGGAGCCCAAUUGCCCGCGGAGCACUUGCUCGCCCUUUCAAUGAGCGAGGCACAAAGCGUGAAAAUAGUGAUAUGAUGCUCAAGGCUUUAAUUCGUAGCAAGGAGAAUGAAAUCGAUAAAACCGUCAUCAAUCGUGUUGAGGAAAUCGCAAAGAAAAAUGGAGUUAGCAUGGCAACUGUAGCUAUUGCUUGGUGUCUUAACAAGGACAGUGUUAAUCCAAUCGUUGGCUUGAGUAGCAAAGAGAGAAUUGAGCAAGCAGUAGAAGCGGUCAAAUUCGCCAGCUCUGGGAGAUUAACUGCAGAGGACAUUGCAUAUCUUGAGGAAGGCUACGCACCUAAGGCUGUACAAGGUUAUUAAAUUAUAUUGAGUGGCAUCCAUGUGGCUUGCAAGGACAGGAACCACAACCGAGUCCAUGUACUUCACGUUGCUAUACCUCUCAUUUGGUCCAACAAAGAAUGCCAUUCAUGUCACAAACAGGUGAUACAUGCUUUGUCGUUUAUCUUUUCUAGAUUGGAUUUUCUUUCAUUGUUCAUAUAUAUUCCAAAUAUUGAUUCUCCGACUUGGUGUAUGUCAGAUAUCAGAAACGAUGAGGGUAAAAAACCAUCGCUGGCAUGGCUAAUUGGAAUUUCUCAACUAUUAAUCACCGUCGCCUAUUUUGCUCCCACGUUACUAGGAAUUGUACAGAGUAAUGAUCGACAUGAUUAUGAAUUUCUCGGAAGACGCCCUUUUCUUCUACACA